UGAAUUUCAGGGCCACAGAAUUCGUAGUUCCAAGGGAACACUCCAAUACCAAAUUUGACUUUGCCUUCACUCUUGGUCUUUUGAUAAUUGAAUAAAAAAGUUACAUUUUAUAAAAUGAACCAAUAGUAAAUUUAUUGCAUGUGUGUGCUUUCCAAAGUGGUAAUUAAUUACUCCUGAGUGCUUCUUCAGCUAUUUUGGUAUUUAAGAUGGCCUACUCCUCCAGCCUUUUGUUUCCUGAGUGGUGGUUGGCUUCCAGUCUGGGCAGAUGAAGGCAUUCCUGGGGUUCAGAGGGCUGUUUCUCCCUCUUUCCUUGAUGUGGACUUGUGCUGGGGACUGGUCAGCUAUUCAAGUACAAUGCACCAACUCUUGGUUCUAUGCCAGGAUUAAACCCACGAUAUUUCACAAUAUUUAUAUGGCACCUGAUGAAGCAUUUUUAGGAGAUUACUGUGCUGUAACCCGUUUUGAACCAGAAGUUUUCUAUGAGUUUCUCUACCAUCUUCAUGACUGUGGCAUCAUUAUUAAAAUUCUCCAAGAGACUCUUCUGCUUAAAACUAAAAUCAUGUACGUCUCAAAACUCUCCAACAACCAAGCUGAAAUGCCCUUGUCCUGUGUUGUUCGCCAGUGA